AUGGAGGAAGCUUCUUCUGAGCAAGUCAGAAUUGUAGAAUUGGAUACCGGUACUUCAGAGGGAGAAGUAGUCGAACAAGUCGAUGGAACAGAAAAGGUGGAACCUACUGUUGCUGCCGAGGAAAAGGGUAAAGUACGCAGCAGAGCAAAGCACAAGUGUCCAUUUACAUCUUGUAACAAAGAAGUUGUGCACUUGCCUCGUCAUAUGAGGCAGGUGCAUAACUGGUCUAGAGACGGGGCAAGCGGAGUGCUGGCAGCUUUCGACAUUCGAAAGCCAAGGAGUCCUAGGAAAUUGAAAGAAGGAAAAAAAUCGAGAGUGUACAAAAGAAGAAUGUGUCCUGUGGUGAAUUGUAAUUCGGUGGUAAAAAAAAAUUCACAAUCACCUGACGGAUGUGCAUAAACUUACUCGGAAGUCUAAGAUAUAUUGGCGUUGUGUUAAAUCAGCUGUCGUAUAUGAACCCCAAGUUAUUUUAACUGAAAGUUCUGAUCAUGAAUCUGAAUCUGAUGACGAGUCUGACAAUGAAUCUCUUAAAAAAAGCAGUAAAGCUUCGAGCGCGCCGAAAAGCACUACCCACUACAAAAAAGUUUAUUGUAGUGACGAGUCCUCUGGUGAUGAAGAUGAACAUCCAAGCUUUGAUGGCCCAAGUCAAGAUGAAGAAUUUUCGGAAAAUUCGGAUGGACAUGGUGGACUAAGUGAUGAUGAAUUCAAAGAUGGUAACACUGAAUCUGUUUCUUUUAAUCUUGUUAAAAAAAUUUGAACAAUGGUUAAAAGAACCCGAUGGUGGCAGGAAGGAUAGUAAAUGUGCUACACAAUGCGUGCGUCAAGUCCAACUAAUACUUGGUUACAUCAACCCUGAUAAUCUGUUGAUAAAGAAUAUAUUGUCGAAAAAUACUUUGAGGGAGAAAUGGCUUACAAAAGUUGAAAAGGAAAAGAAGCCAGGAACUGUCAAAUCGUAUCUUGGAGCCCUCAAUCAGUUUUAUAUGUUUUUAAAAGAAGAAUGCACUGAUAUACUUGGAAGUCUGGAAGUAUCCGUGCCAGAUUUAACAGCUCUCUCAGACCAAGUGAAGUUGUGGGCCAGGUCGUAUAGAAAACUCACCCAGGAUCGCUUCUGGGAGAAACGAAUGGAGGACAUGUCUAAUAUGAAAAAGCCUCAAGAUGUUAAGAAAUUCGACACUUCCGAAGUAGUACGGAAUGCCGUGAAAAUUCUUGGCGAGUUCCAGAAUGCUGGACAGGAUGAAAUUUUAUCUCAAACAGAGUAUACAGCAGUGCGUGACUACCUUAUGACGGAAAUAUGUAUAGAUAAUGGUAGUAGGUCUGGUCCUAUAGCAAACAUGACACUUGAAGAAUUUAAUAAUGCAACUAAAGAGGAAGAUUGCCAUGUUGUCCGUGUUAAAAAACACAAGACGUUUACGACACAUGGUCCUGUAAACAUUGUCUUGUCGUCUUCGCUUUAUGGGUACAUGUUAAUUUUCAUCACCAAGUUUCGAAACCAACUUGCUGACGCAGACACGAGUGAGAAAUCCACUGUUUUUUUAAGUUGGAAGGGGAGUGCUUUGGAUUCAUCCGCAGUUGGUGCCCAAAUUAGUUCAUGCUGGGGCAAGGUGUUCGGCAAGGAAGCUGCAGUUGGAGGUGCAACUUCCAUAAGGAAAGCCGUUGUUUCCGCAGUUCACGAGAACAACGAGAGUAUGCGUGGUGACCUUGCUAAUUUGAUGGUACAUAACAAAAGCACGGCAGAUCGAUAUUACUUGCUGCAGGAUAAAGGAAAAUCUGCCGCGAGGACAUCAUGGGAAGUGUCAAGAAUAAUGCGAGAUACCUCAAAGAGUGAAUUGGAGAAGAACGAAGGGAAUACCGACCGGCCUUUAAUGGGUGAAACCCCAGAUAUAUUCACUUCUUAUAGACAUGCGUGGCAAGCAGAAGAGGUAUCGGCAAUCGAGUCUUUGUUUUCAAAAAACAUUGAAGAACAAAGUGUAACUUUGCCUGAAGUCAAAGAUUUAGUCAAGAAUCACCCAGUUUUGGGGGAAAUAUCAAGCAAGAAAAUCAUUGAUGAAGUAAGGUCUAUGUUUGGAAAGGAUAGUGGCGAAGAUCAUCCUGACCCACCACAAGAAAAUGAAUCUAGAGAAGAAAAAUUGAAAAGAAUAGGCAUAGAAAUUGGUGCUGGUAAGUUAAGUUCUCCUUGCAAUUUUCUCAAGUGCCAGUCAGGCAAUCUACAGUAAAUUAAAACAUGGACAUUAUUGUCUACAGGCUGAUUUCCAGUCACGCGUUUUGCAUCCGUUUUUUUACGUACUGUAUGUAUACUUACGUUUACUUAUGUGUUCAACUGGUCCGUUUCCGUGUGCUUAGCAUCCGUACGUAAAUGUAAGUAUACCUACGUAAAAAAACGGAUGCAAAACGCUUGACUGGAAAUCAGCCUUAGAGUAAAGUUAGUAGGUUUGCAUGGCGAUAAAUAUAAUUCAAUUGUCUUCUGCAGGUGUUUUGAAAAACAAAACACGUCGUCUUACACCACGUUUAAUUACUUGACAAAGCGUCAUCUGUAUUAAUCUCGAACUUUCAACUUUACAUAUUCUGUAUUUUGUUUCAAAAUAAUUUUGCCAAAGGCUUGUACUGUAUACUGUACAGUAACUACAAAAUUACACGAGACCCCAAAAUAUUAUAUUGUGGUAUGUUAUUUACAAAUAAAAUAUUAUUAUUUGCGCUGAUAACAGUUCGGGGUUAUUAAGGAUAAAAUGCUUUGUCAAAUACUGUAAACGAAUGUAAUUAAUCCACUUGUACUUGCAUGUAGACGUCAUUUCAGUCGCGUAGAUUGAAAAAUUUUGAAACUUGAAACCGAAACUUGAAACAACCGAAACGAGGCCGAUUAUUUGAGAGCAGUUAUAAUGAAGUACAGUCUGACAAUACUCUUCAUUUUUGUAUGAUUUUCAGAUUUACGAGAAUUAUGUGAAAACCUUUCAGAAAACCAAGAUGACAUUCAAAGCAUACAAAGCAGUGAAAAAGCAUCUGUUGUGCCUCCAACAUCUCGUGGGUCGGGGAAUUCUACCAAACUGCUUGAUGGAGACGAAAAUGGCGAAUUUCAGAAGCUUUUCAAAGGAUUUAAUUCAGUCUAA